CCCUACGGGAACGAGCGGGGGCCGGGCCCGCGGAGGCCGGCGCCAUGUUCGCGGGGCUGCAGGAGCUCGGGGUGGCCAACGGGGAAGACCUGAAGGAGACGCUGACCAACUGCACCGAGCCGCUCAAGGCCAUCGAGCAGUUCCAGACAGAAAAUGGAGUCCUCCUGCCCUCUCUCCAGUCUGCUCUGCCAUUCUUGGACCUCCAUGGUACCCCUAGGCUGGAAUUUCAUCAGUCUGUAUUUGAUGAGCUGAGAGAGAAAUUGUUAGAGAGAGUUUCAGCCAUUGCCUCAGAAGGAAAGGUUGAGGAAAGAUACAAAAAGCUGGAGGAUCUGCUGGAGAAAAGCUUUUCCUUGGUCAAGAUGCCAUCUAUACAGCCUGUGGUGAUGUGUGUCAUGAAACACCUGCCCAAGGUCCCUGAGAAGAAACUGAAGUUAGUGAUGGCGGACAAGGAUUUAUACAAAGCAUGUGCCGUGGAGGUGAAGCGCCAGAUCUGGCAGGAUAACCAAGCUCUGUUUGGCGAUGAGGUGUCCCCAUUGCUGAAACAGUACAUCCUGGAGAAAGAAAACACUCUCUUUAGUAGUGAUCUCUCUGUCUUGCACAACUUCUUCAGUCCCUCUCCGAAAAUGAGACGUCAGGGAGAGGUGGUUCAGAAGCUGACACAGAUGAUUGGGAAGAAUGUGAAGCUAUAUGACAUGGUGCUACAGUUCCUAAGAACGUUGUUCCUUCGGACGAGGAAUGUCCAUUACUGCACGCUACGGGCAGAGCUCCUGAUGUCAUUGCAUGACCUGGACAUCAGCGAGAUCUGUACUGUUGACCCCUGUCACAAGUUCACCUGGUGCUUAGAUGCCUGCAUUCGGGAGAAGUUUGUGGAUAACAAGAGAGCUCGAGAGCUGCAAGGGUUCCUGGAUGGAGUGAAGAAAGGACAAGAACAAGUAUUGGGGGAUUUAUCAAUGAUCUUGUGUGAUCCCUUUGCCAUUAACACCUUAGCCCUGAGUACCAUACGGCAUCUGCAAGAGCUGGUUGGGCAAGACACCUUACCCAGGGAAAGCCCAGACCUCUUGUUACUGCUAAGGAUGCUGUCUCUGGGACAAGGGGCCUGGGACAUGAUUGACAGUCAGGUCUUCAGGGAGCCUAAAAUGGAACACGAGUUGAUCACCAAGUUCUUGCCGAUGCUGAUGUCUUUUGUGGUGGACGACUACACAUUCAACGUAGAUCAGAAACUGCCAUCAGAAGAGAAAGGGCCAAUUCCUUACCCCAGCACCAUUCCCGAAGCUUUCACCAAAUUCCUUCAGGAGCACAGAAUAGCCUGUGAGGUUGGGCUGUAUUACAUACUUCACAUAACUAAACAGAGGAACAAGAAUGCUUUUCUCAGGCUCCUGCCAGCACUAGUCGAGACAUUCAGUGACCUGGCCUUCAGUGAUAUUUUCCUGCACCUGCUCACCGGUAACCUCACGUUGCUAGCUGAUGAAUUUGCUCUGGAGGACUUCUGUACCAGUCUCUUUGAUGGCUUCUUCCUCACUGCCUGCUCAAGAAAAGAGAAUGUCCAUAGACACAUGCUAAGAUUGCUACUUCAUCUGCAUCACAAAGUGGCACCUGCCAAAUUAGAAUCACUCCAGAAGGCUUUGGAACCUACCAAGCAGAGUGGCGAAGCUGUGAAGGAUCUCUAUAACCAGCUCAGCGAGAAACUGGAGCUUCGCAAACCCAGUCCAGCCCAGGUGGCUGAAACUCCAUCCAUGGAACUGACUUUGCCCACAGUACCCACCCCAGCCUCGCUCUGAGCCACAUGAGCCGGACUUUGAGAUAAGAGAAACUAACCUUUGCCUCCUGCAGAGUGGAGCCAUUUCAGUGUACUGCUAAGUGUCUCUGGCUGCCAUGGUGGAAACUUACCUAAAGCCACUGACCCUUUUGCAGAAGCAAGACAUUGUCAGACACUGCAGUUUGUCUUUGAGCACUGUCUCUUGCUGGCUAGAAGGCUCAGUAUGCAGUGUAUCGCAUAGGUUUACUUGGCCUAAGGAUAGCCAGGUGGCUUCUUGUGGAUCUACUCAGCUUCUAUGAUUUUUUUUUUUCAAAAGACAAGUCUUGUUUUUAAACUUUAUAUCUCCUUGCAUUUUUAGACUUACAAUUUUCUGGGGCAGUAAAAACCUGGUUGUGUAAUCAGGCAGAGGGAGCAAACCCUUGAAGUCUGAGCAGUUUCGCUCUUUGCCCCCAGCUGGCUUCUUUAGGUCUUUAAAGCUGAGAGAUGGUUCUCAACAAAAGGGAACAAGGCUGCAGAUUUUAUACUUUGUUCAAAACUGGUGCUUCCCUGUGACCUCAUGGAGACAAGGGCUGUGCAUACCUGUUGGCCAAUCCCUGUGGGAGCAGGACAGCCAGGGCGGGGCCUAGUUCCAGCUCCCUCAUUGGGCUUGUGGAUCACUCUCAGACAAUAGGGGGUGACAUAGUUGUGGCACACCUGGCAAGUUAGGCACCUGCUUCUGAUGUCAGGGAUUGGCUGUUCACCAACCUGAUCCCCAGCUUAUUCCACGGCAACUGGUAAUUGGCAGCUGUCCCAGACCUUGGACAGCAGCCCAGGUAGGAAGGAGAGGAGAGGGUUGGAAAAGCUCAGGAGUUUCAGUUUAAAGGCAUGCUUUUUAUGAACCCAGAAUCCAGAGUCACAGACAGGCUGCACCUCCCAUCACUCUCACAUCUCCUCUCAAUAUUCAUACCCAUCUCCCUAGCUCAGACUGGUUGGCUCUCUUUGCACUGAAGAGCCUGCACAAGGUGUCACGGAGUGUGGGGGAGUCAGGGCCCUGCACUCCUCUUCCUGAGAUUCACUGUGACUCUCAGCCAGCCAGUAAAACAGAAGGUUUAUUGAACAGUAGGAACGCAAUCUACAGCAGAGCUUGUAGGCACAACCAGGACCCCUCAAUCAAGUCCUUCUGGGGGUUCAGGGAGCUUAGACCCCAGCUUGGGGUUCCCUGCAUUGCACCACCCAGCCCAAACUGAAACUAAAAAUUCCUCUAGCCGCUUUCUCCCCCCCUCUCCCCCCGCUUCUCCUCUCCUUUGUUCAGUCUCCUGGGCAGAAGGUGUCACUUCUCCCACCCCCCCACCCCUGGCUCAGGUAGCUUCCUUCUCAUCCCCAAUGUAACUCCCCUGCAACAUUCCAGGUCAAAUCCGCCCCACUCCCUGCUCCGUCACACGAGGUCACUCCCCUUCAUCCCCAUGAUGCUGCCCUGAUGCUGUGGCAGCAUCUACCAGGGCCAUCACUGGGACCUGGAAACUCAAGACAUUCAUUAGGAACAGGGCAGACGUGUUGAGUUGCUACCAGCAGGUGACUGAGGUCCCCAGUCCAAAGUGAGCAGCGCCUGAUACUCUCUGUGGUCAAAGACCAUAGAAUUGUAGGACUGGAAGAGACAUCAAGAGGUCUUCUAGUCCAGUAAAUCCCAUGGCCAUCUAUGGGACCCUUGAGGCUCCUUACUGGCCAAGCUGCUAUUUGCCACCUCUUGCCCCAUUGGUCGAGGGGACUCUGGCUGCCUGCUACUGAAGUGGAGCAAUGGAAUGCAGAUAUAAGUGUGGGCUGGCCCCUUGGAGGCUAGCUGCACUGAGCAGAGGGCCACCCAAGUCACCUCACUCCGUGCGGGUGGUGGUUAGUCACUUGGAGAUGGCUUGCAUGAGCCAGCAUACCACCAGAGGGGCCAUGGGCUCAUAACAAGACUAUCCCAGGAGCUUGCCACCCAAGACAUGAGACAACAAAGGGCUGCACUAAAGAGACAGGGGAGUACAGGGAAACAGUGGUCAGCAUGGAAAGUAGCAGCCACAGCUCAGCAGCUGCCUAACCACUGUCAAGUCUUUUUUGUAGACCUCACUGCAGAGGAAGAGCCUGCAGAAGGAAAGACCUUGCAGCUUUUUUAUGGGGAGCUACUCCCAUGUUAGAGGGGUGGCAUGGGAGGAAGUGUGUGUAUGCCAGGAUGGGGUUUCCUGGAGCCACAGGCUCAAUUUCUGCCUCCAGGACACAGCUCUAUAAUAAAAACACCCCAAGCGCUUUUCAUCACUAGCUUUUAAAGCGCUUUACAGAGGAGGUCAACAUCGUCAUCAUCAUCCCCAUUUCACUAGGGAAACUGAGGAACAAAGCAUUGUUGUGAUUUACCUGAGGACACCUCGCAGAUCAGUGGCAGAGCUGUGCAUAGAGCCCAGGUCUCGUAAGUUCCAGUCCAGUGCUCUCUCUCUAGUCUCUUCUUCUUCACCCCCUCUGGUGUAAUGGGACGAGGCCGUGCUUGGGGCAGCUACUCAGGGUUAGUGCUGCAGUAGCGCUCGUUGCUUUAGGACUGCUCCUGUCCUCCUGCUGCAGCACAACCCACCUCUGUGCUGCUACACCAGUAAUCCUGCUCCCAGUGCAUCCUCGUCCCCAUUCCAUAUGCCACUAACUACCCUGUGGCACAUCCCCUCCCUGGCCCCUUGUCAUCUGGGAAGGGAGAGCAAGGAGCGAUGGUAUCUGAGGCUGACUACAGACAAGAGGGAGACCAUGGAUCUGAAGCUGUUGCAAGAGCCACUUUCCUGCCAGAGUUUCCCCAGCUAGCAAGUCACUGAUAGUCGACCAGCCUGCAUGCUGGCCCCAUAUGGUUUCCCCCCAGUGACCACCGCACACCCAUCUGUCCCUGCUUCCCUUGCUUGGCCACCCUCCUUCCCUGGCUUAGGUUUGAUUGGGGAGGGGAGACCUUGGCAGCAGUAGAGAACGGAAGUAUCUGCAUAAUCCAUACUCAGUCAGGUUGGCUUGUUGCAAAAGGAAAAGACGAAAUACAAAAUGUUGAUGUUCAAAUAGCUUGUAUAAUGCACUGACUGAAGCGAUAAGGGUUAUGCCUUCAAAAUACUGGAGUUACGAAUUUCUUUCAGUUACAGAAGAGCAAAAAGAAGGGAGACACUCUUAGCAGAGUAUCAAGAAUGGGCAAUUUUCAAAUUUUUUUUUUUAAUUAGAUAAUUUUUCAAAAAGUGAACAUCCUAGAGAGUCUGCUUCUAUCCACAACCAUUGCUAUGCAAACUUGGAGAUGAAAACGCUUUCGUUUUAUUGCCAGAAAUUACAGAAACUUCUGUUUUAAGGGAAAUCUCAACAGAGCCUCAACUAGAAGUUUUGUCCAUGAUGCAUAUGUUCUCUCUCUCUCUGUGUUGCCUCUGGCCCUGAGUGCAGACUUCAGAACUCUGUAUAUUGCUUCAGAGAUUCUGUCUGCAGUGGAUUUUUUCCUUUCCUUUGGUCUUAAUAUGUUCUUGUAUGGGAUCUUGCCAUACUUGACUCACCUGGCAAAAUAAAACUAGACUGUAAAACA